AUGGCUCCGACACGGUCAGGGGUGAGCCAUUCUCAUGCUCAGCGCAAGCCUUCUAGCCAUAGCGGGGAAGUUCCAUAUCCCUCCAACCAGUGCCGAUCUGUAGCUGCCACGAUCGACAACCCAGAGAAGUACAUCGGAAAGAUACAGGAAGGUUUUAGUGGCUCCUCGAAUUGCUCAAAUUCUGGCUCCAUGGAAUAUAUACCCGAGUCAGACUUCAGCGCCAUAGAAUUUAGCGAUGGUCUCUCCAAAUUUUCAAACCAUGCGGAUAUAUCAUCUGAAUCUUCAACUAAGGCUGUCCCGUCAUCUCGAAAAGUCCAUCUGGGAUUUGACACUUCAAGCCCCAAUGUCUCGUUCAACUCAAGUUACUCAGCUGGUGUUUCAAACAUCAGAGAUUCAAUUUUUGAUAAUCCAACGAUCGAUAGCCGCUCAAACACCAACGAUUCCUCAAGCAGCGAUAAUUUCUCACCCUUCGACGCCCAAGCAGAAACCACUUCUGCCCCCAACGGUCCCGGUAACGUGGCACUAGACCUCUGCGGGAUAGGUGGCUAG